AUGGCACGACCGUUGGAAAAGAUCUCUGAUGUUAACGAUGAAAAGGAACUUUGGAAAGUUGCUGUUAAAAUACAUCACAAGUGGAGUGUCAUCUCUAACAACAGGGAACAUUUUGAAAUGGUUGUUUAUGAUUCUGAGGGAAGUGAUAUCCAUGUUAUCGUACCUCCCGUUUACAGGCAAAAUUUUGAUUCGGUGUUUGUUGUUAAUGAUACUUACACUAUUGCGAACUUCCAAGUUCAGCUGAAUGAUCUGCUGUUCAAACCUUCUGCUCACAAGUACCUCCUUAGAUUUACUGGUGGGACAAAAGUUGGGGAUAGAAAUGUGCAUCAGAUUCAGGAAAAGGCUUGCAGACUCACUCCUUUUCUUGAUAUUUUAACUGGGAAAUGGAAUAAGGAUCAACUUUUAGAUGUUAUCGGAGUGGUUGAUGAAAUUGGGUACACACAGGUCCAGGUUGGAAGUAAAAAGCAACAGGUCAACUUUGUCAUUCGCGACUUGAGCAACAACACUAUCACGGUUACGUUAUGGGAGGCGUACGCGGUGCAGUUUAUGAACUACGUUGAACAGCAGGUCGAUACUGCAAUUCCUGUUGUGGUUAUGAUUCAAUAUGCAAAGGUCAAAGAAGCUUUUGGCAAAUAUCCUCUAUCUGUUACCAACACUUACAAUGUCACCAAAUUGGCUAUUAAUGAAGACGUGGAGACAAUCAAACAAUUUGCCAAAAUGCUUACACAGGAUACUAUAGUGGCUGUCUCAGGCCUUCUCAGUCAUCAGUCUCAGGGAAGGUCGCAAAACUCAUAUAGUUCUCGCCAAUCACCUACCCAAAAGUUGUUGUCUAAUGUUGUUCUUCUUCCACUUGAGCAGAUAGUUAAACUCAAAGACACUACUUUUUGUGCCACGGUUGCUACAAUUGCAAAAAUUGUUGCUUCAAAAUAUGGCUGGUACUACCAGGCAUGCCAUGAGUGCCCAAAUAAAGUCACUGGUGAUAGACCUCCGUACAAGUGUGUCAAGGGACAUGAGACUGAAACUGCCAUUUUCAGGUAUAAAAUAGAGGUGGGUGUUCUUCAUGCUGGUACAAAAUGCAAGUUUGUUUUAUGGGACAAGGAGAGUGAAGACCUAUUGGAAGUCUCGGCUGCUCAUAUGCGCGAAACAAUGUUUCAGGCUGGAAUAUUUGAUCCCCUCGAUUUUCCCCUGGCACUCGACAAGCUCCUUGAACAGGAACUUGCCUUCAAGGUCAAGUGGCAACCAGAUUGGUCUAAUUGCUCGGUCAUCAUGUUAGUGAAAGAUAAACCUGUUGUGGAUCAACUAAAAUCUGAAUGGGUGGAGGCGACUACAGUUAAUUCACAACAGCUUUCUGCCCCAGUGAACCAUAUAAAAGAGAGUGUUGAUGAGGCUGUUCCUGUUGAUGAUUCCGACAUUGUUACGGAUCCUGAAAUAACUUCCAAAUUGCACGGUGAACCGGUCACACCUACGGCAAAAAGACAGAGCCCCGAUCCAUCCAUUGAAUCUACAUGUCAUGCAACACACAGCGAAGGAGAUUUGUCUUCGACUAAACUUAAGAAACCAGCCAGAAUCACCAGGAAAUUAGUGAAGAUUGAAAAAUAG